AUGCAGCUCGCAACGCUCUCCGGAAGGACGGGGGGCCUGCCUCUCACAUGGGCGCCUCCGCUGCUCAAACCGCCCACAGGGAAACUUCCGCCUUCCCCUCUGACCGCUUCUGGCUAUGCAGCUCCCUCCUUUGUGUCCCUCCGGAAGGCACAGCCAUGCAGAGCACAGCAGCUCUCCGCUGGGCGAGCGACAGCAACACCCCCAGAAGCAGAAGCAGAAGCAGCAGGUACAACAGUGGAGGCCUUAUUCCCUUUCGGAUCCCCGCCUGGGCUGUCUGCGACUUCGACCGCAGAUCCGCGGAGUGAAGGCGCCCUCGAGGAGGCGAAGACAGUCAUCGAAAAGGAAAUGUGGCGGCUGUAUGCUGAACAGCAGCAACUCCCACAGCAGCAGCAAAAGCGGCUGUCUAAAGAGCAGGUCGAGCAGCUUGUCGGGUUCUCCAAGGAUUACUGUAACUCGGCAAAGGUCUCCGGAAAAGUCACAGCAACACAAUGCGUUGCGAAGCUCACGAGUAUCCUUCAGCAGUGCAUGCGUUGCUCGUCGCACGUCUUCACCGCCUUUAGUGCAGCUCAGCACGAACCUCUAGACUUUGCGCGAUGGGCUCUUGGCAUAUGGGAGCCGCUGAUCGAUGUGAAGCGCAGCAAACUUCCGGUUCAUGAGACGACACUCGCGGCCCUGUCUGCACAUCUGAAGGCAGGCGGCAAUGCAGUGCUGUUGUCUAACCACCAGACAGAGCCAGACCCCCUUCUGGCUAGAUUCAUAUUUCAGAAAAAGGGAUUCAAGGAUCUCUACGACGCACUGACGGCUGUCGCAGGAUACCGAGUCCGUUCCGAUUUGCUGUCGGUACCGUUUUCGAUGAGCUGCAACAUGAUCUGCGUUCAUUCUAAGAAGCAUCUGUCUUCUGGAGCGGAGAGCUUAGGACAGCAACGCAGAGAAAACGUUUUGGCCAUGCAGGCGCUGCAGCAACUCCUCCAAGCUGGGGGAGCUCUCAUAUGGGUAGCUCCCAGUGGGGGCCGUGACAGGGCGAAUGAGAAGGGGGUGUAUGUCCAGCCGGAUCUCUUUGACAGCAAAACGGUUCAGUCCUUUGCGCUUCUUGCAAGAAAAGCCAAAGAGGCGACAGGCGUAGAGACUCUCUUCCUCCCCAUGGCCGUCUACACCGCUCCCAUCUGCCCGCCCCCAAAAGCAGUUGCCAAGGAGCUCGGCGAAGUCCGCACUUGCAACUUCUCCCCCAUAGGCCUUGCCAUAGGGGAACCCCUCCCCGCAGAUCUUGCGCCCCCAGGCCUUACGGCAGCAGCUCAGGAGCAGACGAAUGCCCUUUACGCCUCCAUCGCCUCAUUCCCGUGA